GGAGGCUUGGCCGCAGUGCCGCGCCCGGACAGGGACAAGACCGGCGCAGGGCACUGGGCAAGCAACCCUGAGCGCUCCUCAACCAGACGGGCAGCCCCAAGUGGACAGGGCCAAGGCCGGAGCAGGGCUGGGCAGCAAGCGCAGACGGGCAGCAUGGAGCCCCAGCAGCUCACGCGAGAAACGCUAGUGAGGCGCCACCAGCUCCGGGGCAGCGUCCUCCCCGUGCUAACCUUAGCGUACAACCGGCGGCGCCAGCAUUUAUUAACAGGAGACGAGCAGGCUCUACGAUUGUUUUCGACAAGGAAGGAACUGGCCGUGUUGUGGUUGGACCCGCGGUCGCCUUCGCCGAUCUACAUCGUCCACCACGCGCCUCGAGACGUCUACGUCGUGGCGUAUGAUGAUGAACCCUCGAAGCAUGCCGACGCGUCCACCGUCCAGAUCCUGCACGCUUCGCUCGCGCCGUUGUUGCGGUAUAAACCGCACGACGACUUCCUCGCGAGCCUGGUGAUCCACUCAUCCGGUUUAGUCAUCACGUCGGGCGAACAGGAGCUCAAGCUGUGGCGCUUGGAGAGCGAUAGCGAAGUGAGCCAGGUAUGCACCUUAAAUGAGCAUUCGACAAGGGGCGCGAUGCACGUCCUCCACACAUCUCAAGAUGUGUUGUUAGGUGCCGUCGACGCGACGGUCUGGGUCUGGAGGCUCGGCGACGCGAUGAAAGAUGUGAUAGAGCCGCGCCUGGCGCUGUGCUGGGAGGCCGGCGGGCGCAUUAUGAGAGAAGACCCGCCGGCCAUCACCUCCUUGCUCCACGUGGGUGGAGGUAGAGUGGUAGUAGGUCUAGACGACGGCGUCAUCCUUAUAUGGGCGGUGCCCGCACUCAACGGUGAACGGGGCCCGCCCGAGGCGCUCGCUUGUAUUGCGGCACAUAUCCACGAUAAGGUGGAGAACGACGAUGCGAAAGGCGUCUUCGAGUUGAGUGGCUUGGAGGACCAAGGACAUGGGAGGUUCGAGUUCUUUUCGUGCGGCGGUGUGUCGAGGAGCGUCAAGCACUGGCUCGUCGGUGACUCAAAUGGAGAAGAGUGCAACCAGAUCGUGCGGAAUGGAAGUCAAGACCACCCUUCCGUCAUUGAGUUAACAGCAAAACACAUCCCGGGCGAGCCGGCGCCGGCCGAGGACGACGACUACGCCGCUUGGUUGCAAUCAAUAUGUCGGGCGACGCCCAUGCGCUUGGUCCUCAUGGAGUUGGCGAUGAACGACGAGGCCGUCGCGCGGCGCACGUUGAUCGCGGCGUGUUCUGGUGGGUUAGUCACGCUGUACGAGGUCCAUGCGCCGGCCUGGCACGCCGCUUUGUGUGCGGAUCGCGUCUUGGAUUUGCGACGAGGGUUACUGUUGGAUGACCGGGAACACUGUGUGGUAGCAUUGACGGACGGCGGCCACGUCGAGGCUUUACAUGCCGAGGGCCACUGCCUUAGAGUGCCGCCGCCCGCUCCCGAGAUUCUGGCCAAGGCGAACAAGUUGAUGUCUAUCAAUCGAUCAAAGGAUAAGAGGCCUCCCGGCAAAAGGUUGCAGACGGGACGAGCUGCUUUAGUCGGCAUCGGGCGGUCCGCGCUACAAGGUGAUCGCGUGUCAUUAGGCUGGCUGCCCGACUGUUCGUCCAUUGUCGUUGGGAGGUCCGAUGGUGUGUUAGAAAUAGUCGAGCCGGACUGGGAAAGUAGUCUGAGAGACAGAGCAAUAGUAGACCCGGCGACGAACGCGAUGGGCACCGCCUCCGUAAGCAGAAUAGACGGCAAGGGCCCGAUUACACGAGUAUGUCCGUUACCGUCAAAGAACAUCGUAGUAUGUGGAGACGCCGACGGCUUUUUAAAACUGUGGAAUAUGACCAAUAAAAAAUGUCUGUGGUCGCAGCAGGCGCACACCUCUUCCAUUUCUGCCUUGGCGUCCGGUGUCCUAGCUGAUCACAGAGGUUUCCCGAAGAAACUCAAGGGCUGGGAGGACCCCCAGACGCCGCGACGAAGUUACGCUACGUUAGUAGUCAUCGCGUCGGCCUCCGGAGAUGGGGUUGUUCGAUUGUGGCGCGCCACUACCAACAGCUUGGUGAUUGCGGGCUACUUCGUGGCGCAGGGGUCCGUGACGGCGUUAUGUGUGGCCCAAGCGUCAUUGGGAGAAGCGCAGACCUUCGUUGGGUUCGACUCGGGGUUGAUCGAGGCCUGGCCGAUCGACGCCGAGCAAUUACGGGGAGAGGAGGAGCCGAAGGAUUUAGAUAGGGGCGCUCGCGGGGGUCAUUUGCAGGAGGUUACUUCACUGGAUGCGUUGCCUUCCUCAGCAUUCGUGUUAUCGGCUUCGUUAGACCGAAGCCUGGCUCUAUGGAAGGCGAUCCAGGGCGCCGAUACCUUACAAUUACAAAGAUGUAUCGUACUUGGGCAUAGUAUAAUGAGCGCGAUCUUGGUCCGGUCGCGCCAGGGCCUGGAUGCCGUUUUGGCGGACGGCGCGCGCGUGGCGCGCGUGAGCCUCGCCGAGGACCCACAAGAUCAAUCGAUAGUCAAAGAGAGAAGUGUAGCCACGCCCCACAAGAUCAUGAAAGAAGUCUCCGUCUCAUCAGAGAACGACACGGUCCUGACGGCCUCGCGGACGGCCGCUCGACUGACGCUCGACGUCCCGCGCUUAUUUGAUGAAUCGGGCGCGGCGACGCCCUUCUCCGCGCAGCCCCAGUUGAGUGUGGAGGAGGCGCCGUGGCUGACGAAAGCGUCUCCCGAAAUGCCGUGGAAACGACCGCGGAGCGUCGCCGACCGGCCGAUCAUUUCUGCCGAACUGAGACCGGCGUCGGGCGCGGGCGAAUACUUGUUUGAGGGCAGACAGGUCCAAGAGGAGCCUACUGUAUCUGACGAUGAGGAGCAACAACCCAUCAGUCCCAUCCGAAGGGAGGACCUCCCCUCUCAACAAACGUUGUUGGCCGACGAAUCACUACGGACCGCUUUCCAUCUGAGGGACUUCGGCAAGGGUUUUGUCAAUGGUGCUGCGUUACCAGCAAUCCUCAAGAACUGGUGGCCUAUCGUCACACCGGAUCAGGUGGACGCCGCAUCACGAGAAACGUCGGUCUUCGACGCGGCCGAUGAAGAGGCCCUGCAGUGGCUCGGGCCCGAGGACGAGGACGAGGACUACGAUGCGGAUAACCUGGAGCGAUUCCGGCGGAAGCGCGCGGACAAACUUGAUAUGUUGAGACAGAACCGGCGGCGGGGCGCGUCGAUAACGUACGACCAGCUCUGCGACGUCGCCGCGCAUCUCUGUCGUAUUUUAAAUGAUACGCCUACACAACACGCUCCCUGCCUAGAUCGGGGCGGCGGCGGCUGGUCCCGGACGCAAGAGAAGAAGCGUUGUUCGGUCAAAAGGUACAAAGAACUAGCUCGAGUCAAGCGGCGCAAGGUCUACGCCGACUGGGGCGAGGCUUAUAUGGUCGAAGCGACGCCACUAAGUGAUUUAGUGGCGCCGGACGCGCCGCUGCCGACGCCGUAUCCGCUCCGAGCCGAACCUCGGAUCCCGACGCCGGCGACGCCGGCUCGCGUGCCGACGGCUCCGCGCCAAACGAAGCCGCCGGCCGAGGUGCCCGAGGUCUUCGAUGCGUUGUUUACGGACCCUCGGCUCAAAUUCGCUAGAGCUUUGUCCGAGACGGGAUCCAUGCCGAAUAAAUCCGAACCUCUCCCCGAAACUACUUCCGUCAAUGCGAUGCCGCCUAGAGUGUGCAUGAAGGAGGCCCGCAAGGUCAUCGAGGCGCACGCCGAGGAGCUGAGCGCGGCGCACACCGCACAAAGGAAACCGAACACGUUCGCGGCGUCCUGCUAUGCCUUAUUCAGACAGAGCUUCGGGCCGCGGCAGAUCGCCGAGGCGCAUGUUGUUUCAUUUCUCGACUCAUUAUUUGUGCACGGUCGGAAAGCGCCCUCGUUACUAGCGUGCGCGCGGCUGUUUGGCGUUGAUGGUUAUGACGCAUUCCCGGAAGGAGCAGCGGUGAAUUAUAUUGAUGCGCUGGCCUGGUUGAGAGAUCGGGCGUUUCUGUACGGGGACAUUCCGAGCGACGUGGAUGUUGUGUAUGAAGCGGCGGCGAAUGAUGGCUUAUGUUAUUUAUCAGCCUCGAGAAGAGCGUGCGCGUCGGCCGCGAGGCAGGUCUGCUCGUCUCCGGUGGUGGCCUCGGCGGUCGUCCGCGAAUUAGCUUCAUUGAAAGGGUUGCGCGGAAGUCCUUAUGGUCAUUGGGACGAAGCCGUCGACGCGGAGGCCUUCGCGCUGAUACUGACUUCAGAGAUUGUACGAGGUGAUGCUGUCGCGGCGCGAUGCGCUUCCACCUUAUUCGCUCUUGAGAGAGAGGAGCGCAUUGUGGCCUCGAGACAUGGUCCCCAAACUUCGGUAGACGACCUGCAGUGGAGCCGCGACCUCCAAUCUUUACGAGAUUUACUUUUGAGAUUUGUGGCGAAAGAUUCAUCAAGAACGGGCGUUUUAAGUGGUUCCGAGUUUGGGGAUUGUAUACGAGGCGGCACUACGGGGUGGGCUCCGUGGCCCUCGCCCACCUUCCAAAACCCGGUCGACGACUCUUUAUUGUCGGACAACGAGCUCGCAUUGAAACAAAUCGUAAGAACUUAUUCCGACCCCCUGGACCAGCAGGUGUGUUAUCUGGACUUCUGGGCCAUGUUGUGGGUUGAUAGCACCUUACACAAGCGGUUGCCGCCAUUGCACGCUUUAUAUUCCAUAGCUUGUGAACAGCUCAUAGGCAUCGACGAGCAGAUGGGUUCGAUCCUACGGACGUACUGUUCCUACGUCGGCGUGCCCAAAUCUUCACCUGUGUUUGUGAGAUCCCCAGCCAAGAAGUCGCAAUUGGCAAGCCUCUUCCCGGGCCAGCUCCAAGUGUCGGAACUCGUGAAUUUUGACAAGCGGCCUUCUUUAUUGCCCGGUACUCUGACUAUAUCCAGACCCGCGACCGUAGCUUCCGAAGAGUUAAUAGGGGACACGGCCGGCGCUUCGAGGGCGGCGACGGCGCACUCGCGGCGUCGCGCGCGUCCGGAGAAACCCGUGCAAAGCAUCCGGAAGAUGAACCCGGGCAUUACACUAAAAGCGGAGGGCGUGCCUUUGUUCAUGUCCGACGUCUCAGAGCAGGCGGCGCCGCAGUUAUCACCCCCAAAAUACGAGACGGCGCGGCCCGUCCAAUCCUUAAGUCGUUCAAUGGCAAAGAAAGAGGUAGGUAAACAAUUAGCGUGGCCGCAUCCUACCGUCAAGCCGGGCCAGCACCGGUCGUUAGCAACUUACACAUAUAUCGGCGACCCCUUCUACGAAGCGCGACAACUCAAACAGGAGCCCUCCUCGAAGCAAUUGCAGUUCAAGUCGGCCUUGGAAUGGCAGGCGAAACUAGGCGAACGGGGCGAGCACCCGCCCUACUCUAUUAGGGAGGAGAUGCUACGAGUAGAAAGUGCGGCUGGUCUAUACAACGCGCUCGGGAAAGGCGUCUCUCCCGUACGGUUUUUACCCCCCGAUGAAGUGGCCCGACUCAAGGCGGAUCUAGAGAAGAAGCGUAGAGAUGGAUUAGCCGCGCAGCGCAAGAAACAGCGCGCCGCCGGCCAGGCCGUCGCGCCGGGCCCGGCUCCCGCAAUUCAUAUCCCGGGCAUGACGCCGCCGGGCACGGCCACGAAGAAGCAGCGCGAGGACAUGGCUCGGCUGCUCGAGGAGCAGAUGCGUGCAAGACGAGCUGCUUUGGCCGACGAAGAGGAGCGUCGGAGGCAGGCCGAGCUUGACAGGUUGGAGGCUGAAAGACUAGCUGCUCUUGAGGCCGAGCGACUCGCGGAGGAGGCUAGAGAACGAGCUCGCGUCGAGGCGGAGCUCGAGGCAUUACGCGUACAAAGGGAAGAGGAGGAACGCGCCGAGAGACAACGGUUAGAAGCUGAGAGAGCUGUAGCGGAACGGUUGGAGCGGGAGCGCAUUGCGCGCGAGCAGGAGGAGCUGCGGAAGCUGGAGGCCGAGAGAUUGCGGAUUGCGGCCGAGAAGGAGCGCCUCGAGGCAGAGAAGCGUGCGCGCCAGAAGCGGAAGCGCGAGGAGUUACGUAGAGAGAAGGAUGAACGUAGUAAGAUGGAGCGCGAGGAGCACCUGUCGCAUGAGUUGCGAGACUUGGUCAGAGAAGAAUUCCGAUUAGCCGAGGAAUUAAGGUUAAGGCGCUUGGAAGAGGAGCGUUUAGCGCGUUUGGAAGAAGAAGAACGCUCGAUGAUGGCUUCUCACGAGGAAGAAGGUACGUUCAUCCGAAAACAAGUCGAGGAGGAACGUUUGGCCGAGGAAGCGAGAUUGGCGGAGAUCGCCCGGCUCGAGCGAGAGGCCUUCCUCAAGCAAGAGAUGAAUAGAGAAUCAAAUGAACGAGCUCAAAUGCAAGCGGAAGAGGACUACGAGCGGGACUACAUGUGGCAACUGGCGGAGGAGGAACGAAUCGCCAAAGAAAAGGCCGAUGAACUGCGAGCGAGGUUGGACGCCGAAGGGCGCAUGCGCGAGGAGAACGAGCGCGCCGCGGCCGAGUUGGCGAAACUGAAAGCGCGGAACAUGGCCGGCAUGUUCCGCGCGGUCGAGCAGAAUAUUAGUGAUCAAAGGACGAAGAAGAUUGGGCACGUUUUCAAGGGCAAGUUGCUGGGCAAAGUGGCCCAACGACGAAAGGCGGCGGAGGAGGAGGCUCGCCGGAAGGAGGCCGAGGCUGAGGAGUUAGCAAGACAGAUGGCCCUUGCCGAGGAGGAAGAACGGGAACGGUUGGCCGCGGAGAAGGCUCGGCUGGAGCGGGAAGCCGAGGAGGCGCGCAAGCGGGCUGAAGAAGAGAGUAAACCGAAAGUCAGGCCGGUCUUCGGUUGUCAAUUCGCGUUCUCCGAGGACCUUAGAUUUGAUCCGUUCUCCGAGGAACAAAGGCCGUCGAAGCCUCCGAUGAUGGGUCCCGCGGCGGUUGAGUUACAGAAGUCGUUAGAUGUCUUCGGCGAGGAAGGCAUGGCUGAGAAUAGCUUACCUGACUCUGUGCAGCGCAUCUUCCGGGAAAGUCGGGGAGAAAAGUUGGAGUAUGAUGAUGAGCAGUUUCACGUGAAAGAUACGAAAGUGUACGAGGCGGACGUGGUCGUACCUGUCACCAAUGACUGGCGCAGGUAUUUUGACAGGAGGUUUGCUGAUGAUUUUGCGGACCGGGAUAAAGUGGAUAAGGCUUUACUUGUUAAGAGUGACCAGUCGCAGGAGGAACGAGAUCGAGCGCUGGAGAAGGUCUUGGCUCAAUCAGCUCGCUUGUACGCUUCGCUUGGCGUUGAGAAGGCCGAAAGUCUCUUGAACGGCAAGACCGUGCAAGAUGCUUCUAGGACUUUUGCCGAAGUGAUGGGUUCAUCGUCAAAUGUGCAGUUUGCGAAAUACUCGUUGGAUCUCGGUGAUUCUAAUUUACUACUCCCAGAUGAGUCCAAACCGUUGACUUGGUUCCGCGUCGAGCACGGCUCCGUUUCCCGAGAAGCGUUGUACAACUUCACGAUACCACAUAACGGCGCCGUCGCGACGAUCAUGUUGGUGUGCAUCAAGGGCGACGCCGACUUGUUGGUGGCCCACGGUCGCAUACCGACGUUGCAAGACUCAGAUUGGCGCGAUACCUCAUUGAGACAAGAGAAGAAAUGUGUAGUGCAGCCUGAUCACUCUAAAUAUAGAGUCGGGAAGUACGGCGUCGCUGUCCGUUCAGCUUCUAAAGCGCCGUGCCACUUCGCGAUCUAUGCGGCUUGUUCCGGGUUACUUGAUCAGGGUGACGAAUCGGCUACCUUGAAGCGAGUCGAACCCAUCACGCGCCGACUGAAGGUAUUAGCCGAGAUGCCCGCUUCUGAUCUAGUAGAGGACUUUGCCGCUGCUCUGGAGGACGCGACGAAUCGCGUCGAGAACGAGUUGGCCUUAGAAAAGGCUAUAAAAGAAGGUAAAAAGGCGACGGAGAUGGAAGACGAUUUAGUAAGGGGUAGCGUCCAGGACCAGCGGAAACAAUUUAGGGAGCAGGCGAAGAAGUUGAGUAUGUCCUUUUCUGGGGUUGUGGAAGAGGAGGAAGCGUGCGUCCCGGCGCCGGCUCCUGGUAGUGACACUCUGGAAGCCAAGGCCGAGGCCCAAGCGUCCAUGGAGGCCUGGAACGUGUCGCUGGAUGAAUUGAAUAACCCGGAGAACGAUGAAGAUGCGGUUGCUUUUGAAAAGCUCAUGUACCGCAUGGGCCUCGCGCACAUGAAAAGUGAGGACAAGGAAGCGAUGAAGCCCCUGGCCGUCGAUAACGCGCAUGCGCCUCUCGUGAAGAGGAAGAAGAAGGGGAAGCGGCGGCGUCGUCGUAGGUCUGUCAGUCCUGAUCGCGGCGAGACGAUGGAAGAACUAGACGAGAGGUGGACGAUCGCGCGCGGGUCCGAUUCGUGGAAGAGUCAGGUGAAGGCGACGGUGGCGCCGCGCGUCGAUCCCAUGACUCUUGCUACUCCCAAGCCCAUGCGGUACCACCUGCUCAUCGACGAUAAAAGGUACGACCACAAGCCCCCACCCAAGUCGCCGACGACGGGCAAGCGCCCGACCAUUCCUUACAGCAUCCAGGUGACGUCGGCUUCCACGCACGCGCGGCGGCUCUAGAAUGUAAUGUGAAUUAAACAA